AUGCAAGGGCCUAAACCAGUUCAAUUGUCCAAGUCCAUCCUGGACAUGAAGUUUAUGAAACGUACGAAGGAAAGGGUGCUCAAGGAGCAGGAAGAUGCCGAGGGCAAAGCCAUGUAUUCCAAUGAAAUCACCGACGAAAUGAAGAAAAGCGGGACCAUUGUAUUCACAGAAACGAGUAUCUUUAACUGCCGAAAUUUAAUCGAAGGGCGCUUAUCAUUUGGUGGCAUGAAUCCGGAAAUAGAGAAACUGAUGUCUAACGAUUACACUAGGAAGAAACAAGAGGUGGAAAAACGCAAAGAAACCGACGUUAGUGACGCCCAAAUGGCUCAGGAAUACUCCACUCUAGUUAACACAAUGGCAAAUAAAUUCAGCGGGAAGAAAAACAGAAAUAAGCGGAAGUUUAUAAAGCCAUCUGAAGACUUCUAG